AUGGCUUCGACUGAAUUCAUGGACAUGCCGGAAGCAUCUCCACAAAUGGAAGAUGGCAACCAGCCCACUGUCGAUGACUUGGAAGAAAUAAAUAUUGGUACGACUGACGAUCCUCGUCCAAUUUUUAUUAGUAAACAUCUCUCCAAGGAAAAUAAGGAAAAAUAUUAUGAAUUUCUUUGUGCAAAUAGAGAUGUGUUUGCCUGGACUUAUGAAGAAAUGCCCGGACUAAACCCGGAAGUAGCUGUCCAUCGCCUCGCCAUCCAAGACGACGUUGCGUCGGUGAAACAAGCACAACGAAAGUAUCGUCCAGAAAUACUCCCAAAAAUAAAGGUUGAAGUGGACAAGCUAAUAGCCGCAGGUUUUAUUAGAGAAGUCAAAUACCCCAUAUGGGUCUCUAGUAUUGUACCUGUCAAAAAGAAAAAUGGUCAGACUCGUGUAUGUGUAGAUUUCAGGGAUUUGAAUAAAGCAUGCCCCAAAGAUGAUUUCCCGAUUCCAAUUUCGGAAAUACUAGUUGAUGCUACUAUGGGGCAUGAAAUAUUCUCUUUCAUGGAUGGUUAUUCCGGUUACAAUCAGAUAAAAAUGGCGCCGGAAGAUGAAGAAUUAACAGCUUUCCGCACGCCUAAAGGUAUAUUCUGUUAUAAAGUUAUGCCUUUUGGGUUAAAAAAUGCGGGAGCUACGUAUCAGCGAGCCAUGACAGUCAUCCUCGACGGGUUGCUAUACGAUAUUGUUGAAUGUUAUAUAGACGACAUUGUUGUAAAAUCAAAGCAUGAACAAGAUCACCUAAAGCAUCUCGCUAUAGUGUUCGAACGCCUUAGGCAACAUAACCUAAAGAUGAACCCAAUGAAAUGUGCUUUCGGGGUAUCUUCAGGUAAAUUUCUGGGAUUUAUAGUGACAAAGAAGGGCAUUCAAAUUGACCCAUCCAAAGUACAAGCAAUUGUUAAAAUGCCACCACCCGUGAACCUCAAAAAAUUAAAGAGUCUACAGGGCCAUUUAGCAUACAUAAGAAGGUUUAUUUCAAACUUGUCCGGGAGAUGCAAACCUUUCUCACGACUGAUGAAAAAGGGAGUCCCAUUCGAAUGGGAUCAAGCAUGCCAAAAUGCAUUUUUGGAAAUUAAGAAAUAUUUGAUAAACCCUCCCGUGCUAGGUGCGCCAGUGAAGGAUCGGCCAUUGAUCCUUUAUACUGCUGCUAUGCCUACUUCGCUAGGCGCUCUCUUAGCCCAAAAUAACGAUGCAGGGAAAGAGAUGUCUCUGUAUUAUCUUAGUCGUACCUUAGUAGGGGCUGAGUGCAAUUAUCCGGAUAUGGAAAAAAUAUGUCUCGCAUUGGUUUUCGCUGCACAAAAAUUGCGACAUUACAUGUUAGAACACACGGUGCAUUUAGUAUCAAGAGCAGAUCCUCUCAGAUAUAUCUUAAAUAAAAUGGUGCUCUCAGGGAGAUUAGCUAAAUGGGCAAUGUUUUUGUCCCAAUUUGACAUCACAUACGUACCUCAAAAGGCUAUAAAAGGCCAAGCUUUGGCUGACUUCCUUGCGGCACAUCCGAUCCCAGAUGAUUUUCCCAUAGAUGAUGACUUACUAGAUGAAGAUGUGUUUGCCACAUUGGUUACUAAUUCAACAUGGCAAAUGUACUUCGAUGGAGCAAGUCGGCAGUCUGGGGCAGGUGCUGGAGUUGUGUUCAUCACGCCUAGUGAAGGAGUGAUCCCAUAUUCGUUCACUCUAACAUCAGCAAUAUCAAAUAAUUCAGCUGAGUAUGAAGCUCUUAUCAUCGGUCUUGAGAUAGCUAUAAACAUGGGACUCGAUACGCUCUCUGUUUAUGGAGACUCACAGUUAGUAAUUAAUCAGCUACUGGGAACUUACAUGGUGAAGAAACAAGAGUUGCUGCCAUAUUUCAAAAGGGCUAAAGAACUCAUGGCUAUAUUUGCUGAUCUAAAAAUGCAGCAUAUAGUUAGGAAUCAAAAUGAAAAGGCGGAUGCCUUAGCUGGUCUAGCUGCUAGUAUGUCACUAAAUUCACAUGAAACAAUGGACGUACAUGUGGAAGAGCGAAGAAUACUACCCGUAUUUGCUGAGGAAGAAGAAGCGACGACAUCUUCAGUGAUGACAGCCGAUAUAUGUGAGAUUGAGAUUACUGUGGACGCUAUGACUUCGAGCGAGGACAUGUCGACAACGACUGUAGUGCCGCUCAUGGACGUUUCUUCCCUCACACAGCCUUUUGUGGAGGCCACUAAGUUAGCAUUGGAGAAGAUUGUCGCGGGGACAAGUGCAUCCACUAUUAUUGAACCUCAACACCAGGAAAUCUUGCGGGUGCUGAUUUCAAAUCUUCCGUGUUCGCCUCAAGUCGCUUCGGCUCGAGAGGGGUUGGAAAGACUCCUUUUGAUCUCCACCGAGAUACAGGAAGCUAAAGGAGAAAUUGGGAGCGCAUCCUCCAAACAGUCUGAAGCUAUGACUAGAGCAGAGAGCGCGGUUGCGACACUUGAGGGUGACUUAAAAGGAAAAUCUGAUGUGAUAUCCUCCGUGACAGAGCAACAACUGGAGAGGCACAAGCUGGUGGAAGUGCUCUCAGUUAAACUGAGCAACGCUACUAGAGCAUUACGCGCAGGUGAAGAGGAACUUGCACAGUUGAACUUGGAGUAUUCAGAAAAGCAAUCUGAAGUUAAGAAACUUCGUGAUAGUCUGCAUGACGUCAAUUCUCAAGCUGCCCAGGAACUGAAAGCUCUCGAGGAGAAAACAUUGGUGUUGGAGGUUGCGCUCCCAAUUUCUCCUUUAGCUUCCUGUAUCUCGGUGGAGAUCAAAAGGAGUCUUUCCAACCCCUCUCGAGCCGAAGCGACUUGA